UUGUUGUGUGUGUCUGUGUGUGUGUUCAGUCAGUAGCAUGGCGUUCCUCAGCCUCCUGCUGCUCAGCACCGCUCUGAUCCACACCGCCCAGUCUCUACCUGCAGCUCGUGGCGGAGGGCGUGGCCUGGAUGUCUCAGUGGGCGGAGUCAGACGCCAGCGCAGAGACCUCCGUAACCUGCUGCCUUAUGAGGACCAGAUGUUGUCAUAUCCCGCCACUCAGGGUGUAGGCGGGGCCAAUAAUCUGUACUACCAACCAGGUGACUGGAGGGGCCGGGGCUUGGACCAGGCUCUGCAGCGAUUGGUGGAGAGGGACCAGAGGCGGGAGCAAGAAGAGGAGCAGCGAGCAGCCUACCUGGCCGCUCUGCUCCGCCUACUGAGCGAGGCAGAGAGCGCGGGAUUGGUCGAACCAGGUGACGUGGAGGUGGUGGAGGAAGAGGAAGAUGAGGAGGACGAUCAGGGGCCACCUGGGGACUUCCAGGGACCGGUCCCCGCAGACUACGAUGAGACGGGGCGGGGGAUGAACAUGGGGAGGCCCCCGGCGGCUUGGUGGGGCCUCCUGGAGCCCCGGCUGGCUCAGGCUCUGCUGGACAGGAUGGAGCCUCAGCUGGCUCAGACGCUGCUGGAGAGAGAGAGACAGGACAGACUUCAACAGGCUGGACUGAACCGAGGAGGAGACCAGGACACGCUGAGACGUAUGGUUGCUAGGUUACUGUCCACCAUCGGCCCCAACAACGCCCCGGUGAUCUCUGGUCGCCGUACGAGGAGGGACCUGUCCAUCGCAGCAGCUGAACCCAUUGGCUCCGCCCAAAGGAGAACCCGCCGUUCCCUUGACGACGUGGCUCCUCCAUCGCCUAGCAACGACCCCCCUCUGCUCAGAGUGAAGAGGCUGGAGGAGGAUGAGGACGAGGAGCUCCGCCCCCCCGCUAUCGGGCUGCAGAGGAUGAAACGCAUCGAUACCAUGGCAACCGCCGGCGUGGAAGAACUGAAUCAUGGGAGUCGUAGGCGCCGGAGGAGAGAGGCCCUGAACUACGACCCCCAAAUACUUAUUGAUCAGAUUCUGGAGUACAUGUAAGAGGAGAGGAGAAGAGUGGAGGAGAGAAGAGGAGGAGAAGAGAAGGAGAGGAGGAGAAGAGA